AUGAGAGUCAUUAUAGUUAUUUUAUCCCUCGUUGUGUAUGUUUUGGCUACGGAUAUUAUCACCGACAAGUAUUUCUUUAUCAAACGCAAAGGCAACAGAAGUGCACCAAAAGUGGAGUUAGAAUAUGUCGUUGUACAUCUGGAUUUGAAGGGAGCUCCACCAAAGCUGUCGUAUCUGCAGUCCCUCCUACCGAUGAUGAAGAAACAUGGGGUCAAUGGUCUCCUCAUUGAGUACGAGGAUAUGUUUCCUUACGAAGGAUAUUUGACAGUAUUGAAGAAGCGAAAUAGCUAUAAGAAGAAAGAGCUGCAUGCAUAUCUCACCGCCGCAGCAUCAUCUGGUUUCGAGAUAAUCCCCUUGGUCCAAACGUUCGGGCACAUGGAAUUCGCCCUAAAGCAUCCUGAAUACGUCUUUUUAAGAGAAGACCCUGAAUUCCCUGACUGUAUAUGUCCUAGUUUUUCGGAGAGCCAAGACCUGUUAACUGAGCACGUCAAGUUCCUUAUCAAGACUGUCCGCAUCCUUAGUCCAGACACCACCGUUCUCAUCUGGGACGACAUGUACAGAAGUUACGAGCCUACAGAUUUCAGCGACUUCAUCUUAACUGACGCCGAAGUCGUACACUGGGCCUACACUGCAAAACCCUAUGUAGAUGUGCACAUCAAUAUGACCUUGAACAAGUAUGGCCACAUGUUCGAUAAUAUCUGGAUAGCAACUGCAUUUAAAGGAGCUGAUGGAAAGGAAAGGAUACUCCCUGAUCUUAAUAUUAGAUUCAACAACCAUCUUCACUGGCUCAACUUUAUAUUUGAGUAUGGCACUCUGAAGAAAUUGUAUAAAAUUAAAGGUAUCAUACUCACAGGCUGGUCAAGAUAUAACCAUGCGGCGCCAUUAUGUGAAAUUCUUCCAGCUUCAAUACCGAGUUUAAUUAUUAAUUUGAUCCUUAUUCAAAAGUAUACAAGUGGAAUUGUUCUUGAAAACAUGAAAGAUUUGAAUGUCUUCAUUGAUGAACAUAUAGAAAAUAAUUUAGACUCUAGCCUUCUAUGUCAGAAUCGCAGCAAGCGUUUUUUGGAUAUAUUUGAUUCAAACACAUGUCAUUAUGAGGAAUCUGAUCUUUAUACUACACUUCAACUUCUUAGUAAUGCAUACAAAUACUUUGAUAUAAAAAUAAAGAAUGCCUCGAAUGAUGAAAAAUCGAGGAUAGAAUAUGAAUACAUCAGUGAAAGCAUAUAA